CGAGGAAACUUUAAAGCGGACUUCCCAGUUCACAACCGUCGGAUUUAUGAGUCCAUACCGAGUGAUGCUGUGAGGGGGCAAAAGCAGCGCAAAGUUCCCGCGGGUGCAACAACGAGACGUUAGCGGGAAGAUGAGCUCCAGUUGAUGAGUCAGCGGUAUCCCACUAGAGCUUCCCCGUUCUCCUGUUUGUUGAAGUGUGCCUGUCAAUUCAACCAUGGCUCGCGGCUGCAUCUGCUGUGUGAAAUACAUGCUCUUCCUCUUCAACUUGCUCUUCUGGCUGGGUGGCUGUGGAUUGCUGGGUGUCGGCGUGUGGCUGUCGGUCUCUCAGGGCAGCUUCGCCACCCUGUCGCCCUCCUUCCCGUCGCUCUCCGCCGCCAACCUCAUCAUCACCCUCGGCACCGUUGUCAUGGUGACGGGCUUCCUGGGUUGCCUGGGCGCCAUCAAGGAGAACAAGUGCCUGCUGCUGAGCUUCUUCAUCGUUCUGUUGAUCAUCCUCCUGGCCGAGCUCAUCCUCCUCAUCCUGUUUUUCGUCUACACCGACAGGGUGAGCGAGAACGCCAGACGGGACCUGAAGGAAGGGUUGGUGCUGUACAACACCGAUAACAACGCUGGCCUGAGGGAUGCAUGGAACACCAUACAGGGAGAGUGGAAGUGUUGUGGAGUGAUGAACCACAAUGACUGGUACGCCGCCCUGCAUGACGACGCGGUUCCCGACCGCUGCUGCCAGCAGGUUUACCCAGGCUGCGGGCGUAACGCCUCCAGUGCCUUCUGGACACGGGGUUGCUAUGAGAAGGUAGAGGAGUGGCUGGAUGACAACAAACACCUCCUGGGGACCAUCGCCAUGUGCGUGCUGGUCAUACAGCUCCUCGGUAUGGCUUUCUCUAUGACGCUCUACCAGCAGAUCCACCGAGCAGGGAAGAAGUACGAAGCCUGAUGGCAGAGGUGUGGUCAUUUCAGACGGUUUAAUGUUGGGUACAUAAAGUAUAUCACCUCCGUCAUGCCCGUCACCCUCACCCUCUGUUUAUAGUCAAAAUAAGCCAGUUAUCUUGUGUGCCACUACAGCCUUUUAUCUCGCUUUUUUUAUUUUUCCAUCAGUUAUUGUUGUGAAUAGCAUCGAAACUAGUUUUUCUUAUGGUUAGAUUUUUUUUUUUUAAUCGCACUAUAAUGAGUGUUUUUUAUGUAAAAUACCUGAUUUUUACUGAGGAUUGGUCUCUGACGAUCAUAACCCCGAGAAAAGAGACUGACAAAGAAGAAGCGGUGAUGAGGCAAUUUUUUUUUUUUUUUUUUUGGUUUUUUAAGUGAUACCUGUGGAAUAAUAUAAUUUUAUGAUCUAUUUAGAUAAAACGAGCAUCGUGUACUAACAUGCUUAAUAAAAGCGGAAAGCACUCUUCACAAAUGCGGUAAUG